AGACAGGGCCGGCGAGGCUCCGUGCCAGCGGUCACACGGUUACACAACCAUCGCGAACUUUCCAGGGUCGCCGCUGCUGCACCUCAUUGACAUUCAGGACGAGGUCCUCCUGCUCCUGGCUUAAGUGCAGCUUUGCUGGGCUUUUGUUCCUUGGUGAAUGGUUGUUGCUGGAGGCCCCGGGCAGCAGUGAGCCCAUCACCCAGAGACCGGCGCCGCCCCAGGAGCAGCCGGGCAGCGAGCACCAGCCGACAGACGGACGAACGGACGGGGCCUGACGCUGGUUCUGUUACCACCCUGAGCAGCUGCAGGCCUCGGAGGAGCCGGCGCCUCCGGGGGAGCGGGGGCCGAAAGGCCUGCGGGCCGGUCAGUGGGCACCUGAGGCCCAGUACCCCACCUGAGUGUAGACGGGCAGGUGGGUUUUGCUGAGAAAGUGGUUUUAGCCCCUUCUCGAGAGAAGUGCUUGUUCUCUUCCUCAGAUUUGCAGCCCUGCGGUUGGAACAAGACUCCUGUCACUGAGAACAACUUAGUGUAGCCGGAGCAUUGUUUGGAGUGAUCUGAGCAGCAGAGUGACGCAGGGCCCCAGGCACUGCCACCGUGGGCACCGAGCUCAGCGUCCGCCCCGGCGCCAUGGCGCGGGAGGAGUCCUGCCGGGAGGAGCCCAGCUACGACCGGAUGGCCACCCUGGAGCGGGGUCGGCCCGACGCGGGGGGCUACGCGGAUGCCAAGCCUGGCGACCUGCAGCUGGCCUCCAGGCUGCCCCCCUGUUUCAGUCACAAGACGUGGGUCUUCUCCGUGCUGAUGGGGGGCUGCCUGCUUGUGACCUCGGGCUUCUCGCUGUACCUGGGAAACGUGUUUCCUUCCGAGAUGGAUUACCUGCGCUGUGCUGCGGGAUCGUGUGUGCCCGCGGCCAUCGUGAGCUUCGCCGUGUCCAGGAGGAACGUCAGUGUGAUCCCCAGUUUCCAGAUGCUGUUUGUGUCCACGUUUGCCGUCACCACCACGUGCCUGAUCUGGUUCGGCUGCAAACUGGUCCUGAACCCGUCGGCCAUAGAUAUAAACUUCAACCUGAUCCUGCUGCUGCUGCUGGAGCUGCUCAUGGCGGCCACGGUGAUCGUCUCCGCGAGGUCCGGCGAGGCGCCAGGCAGGCUCAAGGGCUCCGUCUCUGACAGCAGCAACACGCUGUACGAAGUGACCUUUCCUGUGCGGGUCCUGAAAUCCUACUCGGUCAUCGAGGUGAUUGCUGGCGUCUCUGCAGUCCUGGGUGGGGUCAUCGCCCUGAAUGUGGACGACGCCGUCUCCAGCCCGCACCUCUCGGUGACAUUCUUUUGGAUCUUAGUGGCCUGUUUCCCCAGCGCCAUUGCCAGUCACGUGACAGCAGAGUGUCCCAGCAGGUGUCUGGUGGAGGUGCUGAUGGCCAUCUGCAGCCUCUCGGCGCCGCUGCUGUUCACGGCCGCCGGGUACCUGACCUUCAGUGCGAGGAGGGUCAUGGAGGUGUUUGACGAUCACCCGCCCGCCCUCAAGUCCCACGACGUGCUGCUGCUGCUGCUGAUGCUGGAGCUGCUGCUGCAGGCGGGCCUGCACACGGGCACCGUCAUCCAGUGCGCCAGCUUCAAGGUGGCCGGCCCCCGGGAGCGCCCCGCCGCCCAGGUGGCCCGGAGCCCCCUGAAGGAGUUCGACAAGGAGAAAGCCUGGCGAGCCGUGGUGGUGCAGAUGGCCCAGUGACGCGUGGCCCCGCCCACGGCCCCGCCCAGAUGCUAGCCCCCCCCCCCAACCCGAGCUGCUACCUUCUA